AUGCCCGGCUCGACGGCUCAGACGAACAAAUUUCAUACUUUCUACUUACAACAAAGAGCUGAUAAUGGAUUCACUUGGGCCGACAUUAAAGUGAACCAUCCCUUGGACUACGAAAGCAUUAAGGAAUACAAUCUUACGAUUCGAGUUGAGAACAAUGGAGCCCAGCAGCUGGCGUCAGAAGCCACCGUAUACAUCAUGCUGGAGGACGUCAACGAUGAAAUUCCACUAUUCACAGAGAGAGAACAGGAGACGGUUCUUGAAGGCGAGCCGAUAGGAACCAAGGUCACGCAAGUCAACGCUAUAGACAAAGACGGGACUUUUCCUAACAACCAGGUGUACUACUAUAUAGUGGAUUCCCCGAGGAACGAAGGCAAGGACUUCUUCGAAAUCAGCAUGCAGACAGGCGAAAUCUUCACAAAGGUGGUGUUCGACAGGGAGAAGCAGGGUGCAUACGCUUUGGAGGUAGAAGCGCGCGACGGGGCUCCCUCGGCGCGACCGAAUUCAGACAACCAACCAAAUUCAGCAUAUUGCAGCACAUUUGUGACCAGGAGCGCGUUUGGACGCGUUUCGCAUACUGAUGAGAAGUAG